AUGUACAUGCGAAGGAUACACACUGUUGCGCCACAGGGAGUUGUUAACAAAAUAGAAAGCACAGCGAAAGCACGAAAAGAGACAAUGCCAAGGUUGUGCGUGGAGUAUUCCAAAUCAGGACGGGCCAAGUGCUCGAACACGUCAUGUGGUAAAAAAAUUGAGAAACAUGAGCUACGCAUCGGGACCGAGGUGAUCAUGCAAUUUAGGGACGAGGAAAUCGAGUCCUGGAAGUGGCGCCACCUCUGCUGUUUUACGGAGCGACAGCUGAGCAACGCAAAGGAGACUGGUGACAUCGACGCCAUCCAAGGCGAGGACGAUCUAGCACCUGCCGAUAAGGCGCUCUUGCAGGAGAUGCGUGAAGGUAGGUUGGUGGGUGACACGUCCAUCCUUGGACGCAUCGGUGACGUCACACACUCCCCUGUUGCCGACGAACUGAAGGGAAAGGGCGGCAAGGUCGCCAAGUCAAAGGCGAAGGCAAGCCUCUCUGCUGACAAUAGGGGCUCACCUUCCGCUACUGCUGGCGAGAAGCGACCACGUUUGCCGCUUCGCAAAGCAAACAUGGCGAAUGCGACGACGAAAGAUGAUGAUGCUGAUUCCGAAGCGACAGACGAGUACGAAGUAGCUGUUGAGACUGUGACAGGAAAUCUGAAGUGCCCGUACGGCGCCAAUUGCUUUCGCACAAACCAGGAGCACUUCCGGCAGUACACACAUGGCGAUGAGAAUGGCACCGCAGCGGAUGCUGCAGUACCGUCUGACCACAGCGGCGCCAAACUCAAACCUGUGAUUAAGCGAAAAAAGACAUAG